CUCCCCCGGCGAGGGGUGUGUGCAGCUGCUGCUGGGGUCCAGUUUCCUCGGCUGCGCGCGCGCGCGGGGCUCCUGCUUUUGCCUCCUCCCCUUUAAGCCGACUUGGACCCCUGCCUUUUUUUGCUCCCUUCCCUCUAAUUUUAUUUUUGCCCUCCGUCCGCCAAUUCCUAGGCUAGCAAGGCCUGAGGGGGCGGCGGCGGCGGCGGCGGCGGCGGAGGCAGCCAGCCCGGUGCGUGGUGUAGGCCGCUGAGGAAGGCAGGCAGGCAGGCAGGCAGGAUGUCCGGGGGCUGGGGCCGGGAUAUGAUGGACUACGGCGGCGGGGGAGCCGGCAUGUCCGGCGGGGGCGGCCGAGGAGGCGGCGGGGGCGGCGGCGGAGGCCCGGGCGACGGCCGCAUCUACGUGGGCAACCUGCCGGCCGACGUGCGCGAAAAGGACCUGGAGGAGCUCUUCUACAAGUACGGCCGCAUCCGGGACAUCGAGCUGAAGAGCAAGCGCGGCCUCGUGCCCUUCGCCUUCGUGCGCUUCGAGGACCCGCGAGAUGCAGAAGAUGCAGUUUAUGGGAGGAAUGGUUACGAUUAUGGCCAGUGUCGUCUACGUGUUGAGUUUCCCAAACCUUCCAGAGGUCGGGGAGGCUUUGGUGGGGGGCCUCGAGGGAGGAAUGGCCCUCCUUCACGACGUUCUGAAUUUCGAGUCCUUGUUUCAGGGCUUCCCCCAUCAGGCAGCUGGCAGGACCUGAAAGAUCAUAUGCGUGAAGCUGGUGAUGUAUGUUAUGCAGAUGUUCAGAAAGAUGGAAUGGGGGUGGUUGAGUUUCUCCGCAAGGAAGACAUGGAAUACGCACUGCGUAAACUGGAUGACACCAAAUUCCGAUCUCAUGAGGGUGAAACUUCCUAUAUCAGAGUUUGUCCUGAAAGAAGCAUCAGCUAUGGCUACUCGCGCUCCCGUUCUGGUUCAAGGAGUCGCGAUUCUCCAUACCAAAGCAGGGGAUCACCACGCUACUCUUCUCCCUUCAGGCCAUUCUGAUUUACCCAACAGGGACUUCUUAAAAUGUGAACUGAGCCCUUUAUUUCUGCUCAGAGUUUACAUUCCAAAAUGGAUGGAUAUAGUCUUUCGUAGGAAGCCUUGUUUUUUGGUUUUUUUCCUUUCUAUUCAAUAAAAUCUUUUUUUUAUAACUUACCGUUUUUACUAGGGGAUGUGUUGGUAAUGAAAUCCUAUAAACCAUUGCCACUUAAACGUUUUGUUUGGAAAA